AGAAAAGGCUGUCUAACUUUCUUCUUGUUGUUUGUUCGUUACCGCCACGCAAAAACCUUCCCUGCUAUCAGAGCUGGACUAAAAACAUCCAUUUUCGAGAGCCUGAAGAAAGAGGAGCAUGCUGCGCUGCAGGAGGUGUCGAAAGGGUGUAAUAGAUGGACAGUGUUUGGCAAAGGUAGAGGCCACGGAUGAAAGCGCAGCUGCUGUCUGCAGCAUUUGGCACGUGAAUGUGGACACGUUGCCAGAGUGGAUACUGACCUCAGUUCAACAGGCACAGUGGACUGUAGGAAAACUGAAGUGCCAGAACUGUGGAGCUCGUUUGGGCGGCUUCAACUUCAUCAACCGCAGUGAAUGUCCCUGUGGGCUGGACGCCACCAUCCACCUCAACAAAAGUCGUGUGGAACGCGACCACAAACAUUGCUUUUUUAUUGUCCAACCGAGGAGGACGAGACCUGAGAGGGGACACGGUGGUUUGCUGACUGACGGCUCUCAGAAUAAAGAGGAGAGGCCUGAAUUUAGCAGAACUGCACUGGACAGUUUACAGCUUAACUGUGCUGCCGUCAUGUCCCACAUUCACCCUGCAGAGGCCUCGUCUUCACUGACCGACAGUGAAAGCAGCCAGUCCUUUUCUUUCAGUCCUCUUUACUGCAUCUCCCAUAGGAGACGCCGCAGUUUGGAGGAUGAUUCUGCCAUCAGGUCUUCUUGUUUUUGCCCUGCGGGACGUUCUUACAGGUCUGCGGCUGUGAUGAAGAGAGCAGGGACAGAUGAGUUUACACGGGCGCCUGUCUCACAUCCCACAAGUCAGCCGUUAGACACAGAUGGUGCUUCAUCCAAUGCUGUCGCCUGCCGUUCUUCUGUUUCUGGAGGGAGACUGACACCUCUGGAUCAACAGCUGCUGCAAACUGUGGAGGAUGAUGAGCCUUCUGCAGAGCCUACACCUGUCCAUGAAGAGGUUUCUGAUUCAGCCCUGUUCCUCAGAGGAAGAGCCAUCUCUGACAGUGCAUCGGAGCAGGAAGAGGAAGUGGUGCCUGAAGCCUCUAUGGCCUCCCCAGCCUCAAACAGAGUGAGCAAGAGGGAGAAGAACCGUCUGAAGAGUCUCCGGAGGAAACAGAGGAGGAGGGAGCGAUGGCUGCACAGUCAACUGGAGCAGGAGCAGGCCGGGAGUGCGAGCGGUUUACUGUUGGACAGUGAGGAAGAGGACAGAGAAGGCCUCACCUGCGCUGUGUGUCUCGACGUCUACUUCAGCCCGCACAGCUGUCAGCCCUGCAGUCAUGUUUUCUGCGAGCCUUGUCUCCGCACACUCGCCAGGAACCGACCGACGAACACACCCUGCCCCCUCUGUCGCACACUCAUCUCACACACCAACUUCCACAAAGAGCUCAACCAGACAGCAAAGACCUUCUUCCCAAAAGUCUAUUAUGCCCGCAAGCAACACUUCCAGAACGCUUCGUGUGUCAAAUGGCCUCUGCCCAGCUGUCGCAAACGUUUCCGUACCUUCUGGGGAUAUCAGAGACAAGCAGGGACGGCACAGAGACGCUGGCACUUUGCCCAUACAGGCUUCACGCUGGAUGCUUUGGACCUCACCGACAUGCGCGGCUGGCUCUUCGACAUCGGACUGGUCAUCGUCUACAUCCACUCAGUCAACUGGAUCCUGGCUUUCCUGUUCCUCUGUUUCCUCAUGUACUACUUCUACUGUUGAGACAGAGGAGAGUUCAAGAGUUUGCAGUGCAGGUUUAUAUCCUUCUUUUUCUGAAAAGAGGGUUUCACUGUUAGGUGUUAAAGUAUCACAAAAAUUGGUGGAGUUGGUAAAGACAUGAGUGGAAGCGAGUAGCAGGAAUCUUAUAAAAAUGAGUAUGAGAAGUAAAUCUAAACAAUUGCAAGCUUCCAGUUUGCAUGGAUGGUUGGGAAAGUCAACAAUUUGGAUCAAAUGACUACAAACUAGUUUAAAAAAUCUAAUGGUAAUUUGAACAGAGCUUCCUGUUUCUCCACGCUUCCAGUCUUUAUGCUAAGCUAAACUAACACAUCCCGACUCCAGCUCUGAACUUAACACAUAGACAUGAGAUUAAUAUCUUAAUCUUCACAUCUCAGUCUCAUAAAGAAACCAAAUAAGAGUACACAAAACUAUUUCUUUAAUAUUGCACAGGCUGAUUUUAGGAAUCAAACAGGCACUUUACAGAAAAAAACAAAGAAGAAUCACUAAAUAAUGCAUACAGUACAAACGUUUUAAAUUCAAGUCACUUGUAACUCCUUAUAUUGUUUGUCCAGUGUCAUUGGAGAAAGUUUGGUCUUUGUUUUGUUAAGUAAAACUUAGUUGAUGUUGAUGUAAGAUUUAAAACAAUUGAGAUACACUGCUUCUUGACAGUAACAAGUAGAUUGAUGUAAAUAAUAGAAUUGAUUGAGAGAUUGAUAGAAACAGAAACACAAGGAACUGACAGAAAAUCAGAUUCACAAAUGGGGAAAAUACCCAUUUCAAUAUGGUGCCUUUGCUUAUUCUGUGCCUUCUGUCUACAAUAAUGUGAACUGCACUAGAACAACUUUAAGUUUUAGUUCUCUAGAACAUUUAACCAUUUUCAAUGAACACUAUUUGGGGGUUUUUUUGGAAGGAAAAUGACUUGCAAAAGUCUGAUUAAACUCUUAGUAUCUAUAUUGUUUAGAGUUUGUCUUACUAAAAAUAGACUGUUAUAGAAAAUAGUCUUUAAUUUGAGUUGUGCUUCCUUUAAUUUGAAUCUAUGUGGUCAGAUUUAGCAUUAUACAUUAAACUGAAAUAAAUAAAAACAAAUCUUUAUCUUUUCAAGCUGUAUUAUUUUAGAAAAUAAAUACUUGUUUGUUUUUUGUAAUCUUUGUAAAUGGUUUUGUUUGCUGUGAGUUCAAUCAUCAGAAGCUAAGAGCCACAGAUUAUUCUCAGGAGUUGGUGGAGACCAAACCAGGGGUAAAAAUAGGUGAAUAUGAUAAUAUUACCAACUGUGUGUACUCCAUGUGGAAACUGUGAAUUGUUUGACAGUAUUUUAGGGUUGUGUAGUGAAGUUCAUGUAGCCAAAAAAGAUGACGCAGCUUUAAAUAAAUGUUUAAAAGAACAUUCCCAAUCACAUUAGCCGAAGUUAGGGAGUGGUGGCCUAAAGGUUAGAGAAGUAAGAUUGUGACUGGUUGCUG